AUGAUUAAAAAGAAGCACAAAACUGAUAAAAAUGGCUCAAUUGAACAUGUUUAUAAUUUUAACCAAAUUACCCUUCUACACAACCAUAAACUAAAAUUUCAAAAUCGUCAUUGGCGUCUAAUAUGUCUAAUAUUGAUAAUAUUAGUAUUUUAUAAUGUGAGAGGUGUUGGGUGUGAGUUGGCUAGUAUAAAUCCGGGUUUACCACCCGGUGUAAACCCUGAACUCAUUAAACAUAGCGUUAACUUAGCUCAACAGUCCAGGAGACGCUCUCAGUCGAAAGUUCCAAGAAACAAAUUAAAUAAAUCUUUUCAAAACAGUACCACUGGCAGUAGUAAUGAUGAUAGUGACAGUGAUGGCAGUGGAGAUGAUAGUGAUGUUGAAUUGCCCUUUAGAACAGAUUCAGAGGUUUACACGAGGAAAAAACUAUCAAAAGAUAAACGCAAUCGCAGAUUCACGGAUCUAGAAACUCAUAAACGAAGACCAAUUAAUCCUUUAACAAAAUAUCCUUCAGAUGAUCAAUCUGAAGAAAAUAAGCCGACGGAUAAAACCCCUUUGCUAGAUACCCCUUUAAAAGAAAAACCUAAAGUUGUUAAACCUGUGCCAAUUAACCCGAAUGAUAAAAAUAAACCUAAACUAUCUGAAGCCACCCCUAUUUUGACUAAAACUAAGGAUAAAGAUGAGAAGAUUGGACCAUUUAGCGAAAGAUUACUUAGACCCAUUUCUGACAAUGUUGAUUUCAAUAAUCUACCAUUCAAUACUAAUACUAAUACUAAUACUACCGAAACUAACAGUAAUGAUAGUACUACAAAAACUAACACCGCUGAUAGUACUACGAAUACCACUAGCCCUAAUCCGUUAAACCCUAAUACCGGUAAUAAUGGAGUUAAAAAAAUGACACCACCGAAUUCACCUACAAUGACAGCGGAAUCGGGAUCAGGAUCAUCGGACGAUUUUGAUGUAAAUGAGGUAGAAGCGGUGAAAAAAUCAAAAUUAGACCCAUCAAUUACACAGGGUCUGGGCAAUAGUAUACCCCGAAAAUCGCAAGUGAGUGGAACACAAAUCCCAGUGGCAACAUCUUUUGAAUAUAAUAGAUCAGCACAUGUAUUAGAACCUAAAUUUGAAAAGCCUAAAGUAAUGGGUGGUAUAAUACAAACAUUAACAGAUAAAGAAUCCAAAUUACGUAGAAUGACCAAGCGUAAACUAAGAAUACAACAUGAUCUAACUCUGUACAUUAGUAAAGAAUCCGCAAACGUAGUGAAUAUGUUAAAUAAUGGCGAAGUAGGUAAACUUCAAAAGGUCCAUCCUUUAGUAUAUUUGAGAUUACAAGAGGUUUUCCAAUCACAAUAUGCUUUGAACCAACUAUUAAAAAAGGAUGGAGAUAAGGUUAAAAGAUACGAUAAAAACUGGUAUUUGAAUUCCACGCCUACUGCAAAAGCCUCUUUUAUAGAGGAAAUACGUAAAUACACUAAGGAGCCUGAAUUGUAUGGUAAAUUCAAACAACCUAAAAAGAUGAAGGAAAGUAGGAAAUUAGUAUAUGAAAAGUUAGAACUAUUUCAUAAUGAUUAUAUUUGUCAGAGAAUUGUUAGGGAAAAUCAAUUUUCCGAUAAGAUAAUACGUUCAUUUGAACAACAAUCUGGUUUAUAUAUAGCCCCAAAUUAUCAUAAUUUAGUGCCGGGGUUAGGAAAUCUAUGGCUAAUUAAGAAUUUUGAACGUUAUUACAUGGAAGCCUCAAGGUCUAAAGUAACUACUUUUAGUAAAGUUGCCCCUAGUUUAGUUGGAAAAUUCAUGUUAAUGGUGGAAAAUGGUACUGUUUUGCCAUCACCACCAAGCUCUCAAGUUGCUAUUCAUUCACUUUCUAUCAUCUUAUCAAUGGUUAUGGAAGGUGUUAGAGAACCACAAUUGUUCCUUGGUAAAAAGAAAUUUUAUGGUUUCAUGUCAUUGUGUGAUACUAAGUGUAUACAAACACUGUAUGACAAUGAUAAGGUAGCAACGACUGAGAAAGGUGUUGGUAAAAAGGGAACAGUUGGUAAAAGAUUGGCACAAUUUUUAAAAUGGGUGCAAUUGUUCCAUACUGAAGAUUUAUUAUUAAUUGAUACAUAUGCACAGAGAGUAUUAUUAAGCAUAAUGUAUGCAAUAACGAGGGAAGACUUUUAUAGAAGUUCACCCAGGAAUGUACAGUUGAGAAUACAGUCACAAUUCACCAAUCAAAAACCUUCACAAUCAUUUUUACAAGAAGAUAGUGAUGAUAUAGUUGAACCUUCAAUGUUGGAGGUUGGCCCUGAUGCACGAGAGCGCGAGUUACGAGAAGCUAACAGACGUCUAAUCGAAGAUUACAACAGGCGACGUCAAGAAGAAUAUGAAAAACGCCGACGUGAACAAUAUAAAGAUCCACAUAAGCAGUAUAAGAAUCGUCAAGAAUAUUUACGUGAUCAAAUGGGUCGUGUAUUGGAUGAGCAAAGUAAGGAGGUACAUAAACAGAAGGCGGAGCGUGAGAAACAAGCUUUUGAGGAUGCUCUUAAUGGUAGUGAUACUUUUCAAAAAGCUAUGCGUCAGAGGGAAGAAAUUCUUAGACGUGCCAGAUACAAUUCCAGGAUGCCUAGUAAUGAUGUUGAAAAUGAAAAAUCUCUUUUCACUAAUACUGCUGAUAACACCAAUGAUAAUGCUGAUAAUACUUCUGAAGAAAAGAACACUGACGUGAGGAGUAAAUUGGAAGGAAUGGGAAAUACGUAUAAAAAAUUUUAUAAUAUGUUUAUGAGUGGUUAUCAUGAACCUGGAAAAUCAGUAAAUCCUGAAAACACUUCUGAACAAAUCAUACCAUUCCACGUCUUUGCCACUAGUAAUGGUGGUAGAGUUAGUGGUAGUGUUGGUUAUGAUCACCAAUUCUUGGAUGUUAUUAAUGUUAUUACUGAUCUGACCAAUUUGGCAAAUAAAGAUUACAAUGUGUAUUACCAGAGUGUUAACACUAUCAUUAUGAUACGAUCAAUACAUUUAGCAUUGCACUCAUUCGAGAAUUCUAAACAGAAAAAAAUUACCAGUUCUAAAACUUUUGGUAGUCUUUUCCGAUAUCUCAACACUGAUAGCAAUGGAUAUGUAAUGAAUUUAACUAAACAAUUUCUACCAGCAACUUCAUUAUCGUUACAACUCAUAUUCUUUAUACAAGAGUUAGUCGAGCGUUAUCAUCAUGGUAUCAUUGGAUUAUUAAGGAAAUUCUUUAAAAAUUUACUAUUUCGUGGUAUUAUUAGGGCCCCAACUAAUUUUAGACAGGUUAAUAACAACUUUAACACUUAUGUUAUAUAUGAUGAUAAAAAAUACAAAGGUACAUUGGAAACCGUACAUCAGCUUGUGAAAAUGUUUAAAGACUCAUUUAUUACCAAAGCAUCCAUACCAAUACCAAUCAUACAAUAUAUUACCAUAUUCUUAUCAUUGUGGUCACAAUCAGAUUCGCAAACGUUUAAUAUAUCAGACCGAAGCGAGAAUAUUGCUAGGAAGAUGUUCCUACUAUCGUUUUUGGUCAAUAAAAGGAGUUUAGCUGAUAUGGCGACUGAAAUGGUUUUACAACAUUGUGCAGGUUUAAAAAUGUUACAUCUGGGAUGUGUGUCAAAAUUAAACAACAACAACAAGGAAUGUAAAGAUUAUUCACUCCUCCUUAAAAAGAAGAAGGUUUUGAGAAUAAUGAGGAUGAUAGAGAGUACGUCCAUGGAUCCACUAGAUGUCAUAAGAAUUGCAUCUGAUACUUGCAGAAGGUGUGUGGCUAAUCUUACUGUGAGACCACAUGUCGGGGCACCCACUCUAUUACAGAUGGAACAGGAUUUAGAUGAUGGUGAGGAUGAUGAUUUGGAGGAUGUGGAGGAUAGUUAUUUGGAGUUGGAUGAGGGAUUAGAAGGUGGCUCCGGUGGUUGUCUCGAUUGUUUAGGUUGUUGUAACCGAAAAAAGAACCAAGAAACUACUUCAACUUCAAACUCAAACUCAAAUCCGAAUUCAAAUUCAGGUGGUAAAGAUUCAAGUACAGAUAAGGAUUUAUCUACUAAUAGUGCAUCUGGGCAAUCAACUUCAACUUCAAGAUCAGGUUUUGGUAAAAGUGGUAUACCAUGUGCAGCAGGUAGUGGUACAAGAGCCUUUGGAAACCCCUCCUACUUGCAAAUUCCUAAUAAUAGUAGUAAUACUAGCUCUAACAUUUUAAAAACUAGUUUAUUGCAGUUAGAUGAGAGUCUCGAGCUUAAAAAUAAUAUUUUUUCAUCAUAUUCUCCGGCAAGUUCAGGUUUGAGAGCUUUUAAUAGCCCUAGUCUUACAAAACCUGCUAAUAUUAAUAAUAAUAAUGGUACUAUUCGAAAUGGAGAUAGGCAGAGCAAAAAUAGGCAAGCCGACGAGUCUAAACCCACAAAACCCUUAACUGAUAGUAGCUCAAAAUCCAGUUUAUUGGAGCUCAAUGACGAUGUCAAUUCUGAAAAGGUUAAUGCUGAGACAGGUGAAUCUCAAAGCACCAAAUCUAAGUCCAAUAGUAAUUCCGACUCAGAAAACAGUAAUAAGAAAUGGUAUGAUCCUUUAAAGAAAGUGAAGAAUGUAUUUAAGAAGAAGAUGACACCUGAAGAGGAAGCAAUGAUGUUACCGCAUUUUGUUGAUCGCUUAAUGCUACAUUCAGAAAUAACUCAUCGUAUUCAUUGUUACUAUACCCAAAAGACCUUAGUGAAGAGACUAAUAAAAGAAUUAAAAAAAGCCAAAGAUGAAUUGGAUAUAAAACAAAUAAUAGCAAAUGUAUUUGGUGAAUUUAGAAGUAUUGAAAUUAUACAAUCCGGUAUGGCAUCAUCAAUACACCAACUUAUAUGCCCAUUCAUGAUGGAAUCCCCGAAUGAACUCAGAUUACCAAUUCAAACCAAUAUACUACAAUAUGUUAUCAAGCAAUUAGUCAGUAAGUAUAAGCUUAAUCCAAUAAAGAAAGAUUUGUUUAAACAAUUUAGGGGUAAAAUUAAUGAGUUGGUACCUGAUCUAGAGGGAUAUAUGAAAGUAGAUGUCGUUGGAAGUGUAUUUGUAGGAUUAAGAAAGUACAAUGGUAUAUAUUAUUCAGGUGGUUAUGCACCGUUUGAUAAGAUUGAUAAGCCUACGAAUAUUUUGUUAAAACCUGGCGAAGGGAGAUUAGUAUAUGAUGGUGAUAAUUUCGUACCAGAAUUAACAGCACUAAAUGACAUACCUUCUCUGGAAUCAAUUAAUAUUAUACAUGAAUACGAUUACGACCGUAUAGUUUACCAGAUUAAUACUGGUAAUGGUGAAGGUGCUAGUAUAGUAAUGAGUGAGAGGAAAUUCGCGUUGGAAUAUCCAAAUUUUAUAAUUAGAGCCCAUGUUUUAAUUACGGCGAAAGCUUUAAUGAGGAUGGGAUUUGAUAUGGGCAGGGUUAUUUGGUGUGGAGAUAAAUACGGCUGGGUUGCUGAUUUUUCACUUGAUAAUAUUGUACCAGUUUCUGAUGUGCCUGUUUAUAAUGGUCAAUACUGGCUCUUAACAUCGCAACUUACUGUUAAAGACGUUGUUGGCAAUGUUCCAAUUCGUUUAGUAGAUAAAAAAAGCUAUAUGGACACUGGUAGUACUGAUAUUACAAUAGACGAUAAGGGACUGAAUGAGAUUAAUGUUGAGAUAAUUUCUAACGGUAAGAAAGUUGGUGAGGUAAAGUCACACAAGGGCGAAACUCUAGAAGGUGAGGACGAAGAGGGGAUGGAAUUUUUAGUUGGAGCUGGAGGAGACAAUUUGAGUGCAACUCCUGGAGCAGUUAAGACAGUGAAAACAGCGACAUACAACCCAACAACUCACGGUCUCACAUUAGAUUUAGAUAUGCCUGAUUUCAUAAAUAUGUAA